GACCUAAGCACAUUAAUUAUACUCCACCCUUGUGUAUAAAUAGGCACGCACCUUCUCCCCUUUUCUCAAACACACAACACAAUUUUCUCUCUUAAAUUAAAUCUUCUCAAUUAUUUCCACUUCUCCACUCCAAAACCUAAACCCAAAAAAAAAAGAAAAUGAGAAGCGGUGGCAACUUAUUUCACUCCACAACUAAAAUGACAGCCGCGGAAGCCGCCACGACGGCGAAGGCGACGUUCUCGCCGCCGGCCACCAUCCAGCGCUCGCCGUGGCACUCCCCGGUGCCGUACCUCUUCGGCGGGCUGGCGGCGAUGCUGGGCUUGAUAGCCUUCGCCCUCCUCAUUCUCGCCUGCUCCUACUGGAAGCUCUCCAACGGAGAAGAAGGCCGCGACGGAGACGUCGAGGGCGGCGCCGCCGAGAAAGGCGAGGGCGGCUCCGCCGAGAAGGCGCUGCCGGUUUUCGAAGAGAAGUUUUUAGUCAUCAUGGCGGGUGAAGUGAAGCCUACUUACCUCGCCACACCUAUUUCUAGCAAAACUGCUUCUUUCGAUGAUGAAAAACUCGAGAAUAAAGGAAAAGUUGCAGGAGAAGAAGAAGAAGAAGAAAAGGUGAAGAAAGAUGAUAAAUAUGUGCAAGAAAAUGGAGAUCACUCCCAAUUAAGCCAAGAGCAAAAUCAAUCAAAUAUUAGUUAAUGAAAACUAUUAUUAGGGCUAUGAAUUUUUUUUUUUGAAUUUUUUUUUCUGCUUCUUCUUGUUUUGGGUUUGAGUUGAGGCUCAAUUUUGUGAUCCGAGAAAAUGUACAUUUUCUAAUGAGAUGAGCAGCUUCAGUUUGGAAACAUUA